AUGUCUGACUUCAUAACUGACAGUAGUAAUAUUGAUGUGCUGAAAGCAAAGAUUCUUGUUGUGGAGAGCACCUUCGUAGAUGACUCAGUUAAAGUGGAGCAUGCAAGAGAGUAUGGACACAUGCAUCUAUCCGAGAUAAUUAGUCAUGCAGAGAAGUUUGAAAACAAAGCAAUUCUUCUUAUUCACUUUUCAGCUCGGUACACAGUAAAGGAAAUUGAACAAGCUGUAUCAGUGUUGCCUUCUCCUUUGGCAGGCCGAGUUUUUGCACUUACAGAAGGUAUUUGA